AUGGACUUUCAUUAGUAGGACAGCGAUUUAUUAACAUCAAAACUAACCAAUCAAAAGGCAUAAGAAUUGGUUUCUUAAGGUUUAGGCGUAUAAGAACAAAGUGAUUGCAGCUAUUCUUCUUAGCAUUCUUGUUCUGUAAUUAAUACAGACUUAAUUUUGAUAGAGUGAACACAAUAGUAACAGGAACAUCAAUUUAAAUAAGAGUUCAUUUAAGAAAGUUAGUAAAAGCACUAUGGAUCUAUAGAACUUGACAAGCAAACAUGCAUAUAUUUGUGCUUAAUAUAAUUUUCUAGGCUAUUGUUUAUAAGAACAUUGCAAGUAUUCUUUAAAAAAUUACUUUUAGGAAAAGACAUGUUUUUAUUUCUGAAAAAGAUGGAUUAAGUGAGCUCAUAUCAGAUAACAUUGAUCUCAUUGAUAGUCUCACUAGUAGUGGAAAAAAACUCAAAUUGUCUCAAUCNGGUAAAUAUUUUCACUGA